CAGACAAAACAGGAUGCUUUAGUUUGUCUUUCACAGCGAUUAAUCUUUCAUUUUUGUUCCUUAACAUUUGAAACAGCAUCGAUUUAUGAAUACAACUUCGGGUGUUGAUGUCGAGAACAGUAGAUUAUUCGGGAUGAGAUGCCAUUUUAGGACGGCGGUGCAGACAGUGGUCAGCCUGAUCAUCCUCACCAGUGCCUAUAUCUUCACCAGGAGAGCGCAAUGGACAGAACAUAUGUUUCAGGAGACUCGGUGGAUUAGAUACAGCACUGCACUUCUGAAUUCCAGCAGAGAGCCGUGCCCGCAGGACGCUGUGAAGAACUCGCUGUGUCUCAGUGUCUCCGUCCGCCUGCUGGCAGGAACCAUCCAGUCAGAGCAGAGGUUUCUGACUGUGGGUCUCUCAUCUGUGAAGAGGAAUAAGGAGAGUUAUCUUCUGAGCACCCUGAACUCCAUCUUCAGCCAGUCCUCGGAGAAGGAGCUGUCCCAGAUGGUCGUCGUGGUCCUCCUGGCAGAUUUUGACCUCGGCUGGGUCCAGGAGAGUUUGAACAACAUUGUGCAGCAGUUCUCCACCAGGCUGAGCCAAGGGCAGCUGCUGGUCAUCCACGCUGAUCAGGAAUUUUAUCCUCCUCUUACAGGGCUGAAGAGAAAUUUUAAUGACGCUCCUGACCGAGUAACCUUCCGGUCCAAGCAGAAUGUGGACUAUGCCUUCUUGGUUGACUUUAGCGCUGGUCUCUCCCAAUACUACAUCAUGUUGGAGGACGAUGUGGACUGCUCUAAGGGUUUUCUGACCUCCAUUCGUGGCCACAUCAACUCGCAAGGAUCUUCGCCAUGGGUCACUCUUGAGUUCUCCAAGCUAGGAUACAUUGGGAAGCUCUAUCGCUCCAGCAACCUUCCACAGCUAGCACAGUUCCUCUACCUCUUCUACCAGGAGAUGCCUUGCGACUUCCUUUUGUCCCACUUUCGCACUUUACUCAUGCAGGACAAGUCCAUCCGCUUCCGCCCAUCCCUCUUCCAGCACAUGGGAACCUACUCAUCCUUCCAAGGUACGCACAACCGUCUGAAGGACGAUGACUUCCACCAGGAUCCUGCUGACAACCCACCAGCAGAUAUUCACACAGACAUUGAAGUUUUUGAGAAACAUGGUCCAGAUGAAGCUUAUGGCCAGGGUGCGGAUUACUUCUGGGGGAAGGGACCCAUCAAAGCAGGGAACUAUUUCCUCAUAGCCUUUCAUGAACCUGUGGUCCUCUUCCAUAUCCUGAUUCAGACAGGGUUAGAUGGGAAGGACUUGCUUGACUCUGCUGAUGUGGAGGUUGGAGAGAUGGUUCUGAAGACAGGAAGUGGAGUGGAGUGCUCAGGAACUCACAUUCUGGGUUCCUUGCGGGAGGGACAGUUGGAGCAGAAGAAUGUAACACUGAACAAUCCAGUGUUAUGCUUAAGGAUUAGAGUCACUGCUGGUCAGUCAAACUGGGUCAUCAUAAGAAACAUCCAAGUCUGGACUGCUGAGAAAAAGGAUGAAAAGUCACCUGCGGUUUGAAGGACAACUCAAGCCAUGUUGUCAUGGCCCUCCGUCAAGAUCACCACAUAGACCUACAGAGCUGGGAGCAUUUUACAAACACAACUAACACAAAACAUUUCCAGAGCGACCAAACCAAGACCAGACAAACGUCAUCAGAGCACAGAAUAAACUGCAUGAUAAAUGCAUGAACGGGGGAUAUUCUGUUACAUGGCAUACAUGACAAUGUUGAAAUUCUGGGUCAAUGCUAAUAACUUUAGCUUUAAUGAUCUAGUCAGCUAAUACAUUCCGGUGCUCAUAGUGGUGAUGUAAAAGUGUGGAAUGACUUUAUCCUCACCUUGAAGAGUGAACAAUUUACUAAAUUGUGCUUCAGGCUGAUGGUUCCUCAGUUACCUUAGCUUCCACCACGAGUGUUAGCAAAGGUAGAGGAGAAGCACAAACUGUUCAAACUCAAAUAAACAAAUACUCACUGCUGGUGUUACUGCACCUGUAAGAAGUUACAGCUUUUCUUGUUUUUGUAAGACCCCUGAUGUGCCUCAAUGGAUGUGUUUUAGGGGUGCAGGAAAAAAUCGAUUCUUAGAUGCAUCGUGAUGCGGACGUGAAUGAUUCUGAAUCGAUUCACAAAUGUCAAAAAUCGAUUUUCUAAAUAUUUAAUUUAUGACGUAAU